AAAUCGACCUCGACGAAAUCGCCAUCGAUGCGGCUCCAUUCCAACUUGUGCUAGGAUCUUCAUUAUACAAAGUGAGCUCUUUAUAUUUUCUUCAGAUUUUCUAUUAUAGUAUCUAUCUUCAUCUUCUUCAGGUUCACACGCUGUUCAGUCUUCUCGGGCUUUCACACGCUUACGUAACUGAUUGCGGAAAACUUGUUGGUGUAGUCGGCCUAAAGGAGUUACGGGAUGCUUUGGCGAAUAUCUACGUACGAGGAGCAGUGGCUCCUGAGAGAAAGCUCACCGCAAGCAAUAGUACAAACUUCAAGAUUUUCAUUUUUCCGAUGCACGGAGCUGUGACAGCUCGUUCUCAGCAAGCUUAG